AUGGCACACAAGGAUGUCGUGGUGCAUGAAGAAGAAGAUCUCGGAGCUGCUAUGCAGAAACUUGAGAUACCUUUCAAGGAACUCGAACAAAACUCCAUCGACGACGAUUUAACAGACGGACUAAGAGAUAUAAUAGAAGAUCCAAAUUUACUACUUGAAGAGGAUGGUGGAGAGUUUGAAGAAGAACCUAGCAAAAGCUUAUACAUCGAUGAUACUACAAACGAUUUGAAAAACUCCUUAAAUUCACCAACUGUUGUGACAACAAGAGUAAAAACGUCUCUUGCACCAAGACGGCCAAGAAACAAGCGAGGAAGACGAAAAAGACGGAGUUUCAAAAGCGCGGAUGAUCUCUUAGACUCUGAAGUUGACGUUACGGACCAAAAGAGCUGUUUGCACUGUGGGACGAGAAACACACCGUUAUGGAGAGAAGGUCCAAAAGGAGCGGGGACGCUGUGCAACGCGUGCGGGAUGCGAUACAGAACGGGUCGGCUACUUCCCGAGUACCGUCCUGCUUCAAGUCCCGAUUUCAAACCUAACGUCCACUCUAAUUUCCAUCGGAAAGUUAUGGAAAUCAGAAGGGAGAGAAACUCACCACCUCCCAAUAACUUUGGUGUUGAGGGUUUUCGGCAUUGA